GCUUGCAAGUGUUCUGCAUUUGUAAAGAGUAGUACUUGAAAUACGCGUUGACAGGUAUUAAAAUUUAUAAUUAUAUUUAAAUGCGUGUGAUUUUUUUACUCAUGGACUCCUUAACAUAUUUUUAAAAUAUCGUUUGAAUCUUCAUAACAUCGUUGGAAAUUGUAUAUUCGUUUAUUGUUCCAGAUUAUGGAGGAGGAAGAAGAUGAAAAACCUUUCGCAGUGGAACGUGCCAAAUCCGGUCGUGCAAAAUGCAAGAAGUGCAAAUGUCCUAUAGAAAAGGAUGCAAUAAGGAUCGCUAAAUUAAUUUCAAAUCCUUUUUCGGACGGUUCAAAGAUGAAAGCGUGGCAUCAUUUGUCCUGCCUUUUCGAAGUCUUUGCAAAACAGAGAGCUACGACUAAAAGAAUAGAAGAUCCCGAAGAGGAUAUUAGUGGGUGGGAAAAUCUUCAGGAUGAGGACAAGAACUUGGUCAUUGAGAAACUUCACGAGUUUGACCAAUCCUGUCCAUUAAAAACGACGAAACCGAAAGCUACGAUUAAAAGGAAAGAAAAUUCACCGGAAAAUCAAUCGGCUAAACCGAAUAAAAAGAUGAAAUUACCGAUAAAAACGUCGACGGAGGUAUCGAAAGGAAUGGAGGAGGAUCGUGUGAUUGGUUCGGACGAUUGUAAGAUGGACGAUCUUGAAGAAUCCAAAAUGGCGGAUAAGGUAGAUAAAUAUCCAACGAAGGACGAUUUGUUUCGCGAAUUUAGACGAAUUUGCGCGAACGUUGCUGAUGUAGAUGCUUACAAGGAAAAAACAGCGAUCAUCAAGAAUAUGUUUAUUCACGGAACGUCCGGUGACGGAUUCAAGAGCGACGUCGUGCUUUGGUGUAAACUGCUAUUACCGCAAGCAGCAAACAAGAGAAUUUACAAUUUGCAAAGUAAACAAUUGAUCAAAUUGUUCGCACGUAUAUUGUUGCAAGACGAAGAAUCCAUGUUGGAAGAUCUCGAGAAUGGUGAUAUUGCCGAAACUAUUCGUAUAUUUUUCGACAGUAGCACCGCUGUCACUCCUUCAGCCAAGAGUUUACUCACUAUUCAAGAGGUCGACCAAUUUCUCGAACAUUUGUCGCAUUUAACGAAGGAGGAAGAACAAAUCAAUCACUUUAAUUCCAUUAUUGGUAGAUGUACCGGAAAUGAUUUGAAAAUGAUUAUAAGGCUUAUAAAGCACGAUCUUCGAAUAAAUGCUGGUCCUAAACAUAUUCUUGGCGCCGUUCAUGAGGAUGCAUAUAAAGCAUUUCAAGUAUCAAUGAACUUGGAAACAGUCGUGGAACGAUUUUUACCGAGUACUUCUUUACCAUCACCAACUUCAAAGAAGGGAAUUACUUUAUUAACUUCACCUGGAGGUAGCAAAGUAUCUCUCUCUUUAAUGACUCCUGUCUUACCAAUGUUGGCCGAAGCAUGCAAGUCUAUUGAUAUGGCAAUGAAGAAGUGUUCUAAUGGGAUGUUGUCUGAAAUUAAAUAUGAUGGGGAACGUGUUCAAGUACAUAAGAGGGGUUGCGAAUUUAAAUACUUUAGUCGAUCUCUUAAACCGGUGAUGGCACAUAAGAUAAGACACUUUAAAGAUUACAUUCCCAAAGCGUUUCCGGAUGGCGAUGAUCUAAUUCUCGAUUCUGAAAUUCUUCUGAUUGAUAAUGAAACUGGAAAACCAUUACCAUUUGGAAGUUUAGUUACUUAUGUCUACAUGUUGCAGAAAUCAGAAUUUAAGGACGCAAAUGUCUGUCUUUUUGUAUUUGACUGUAUUUAUUAUAACGGGGAAAUACUUAUUGAUAAAUCCAUGCUAGAAAGAAGACAGAUUUUGAAGAAGAGUAUGACGGAAAUACCAAACAGGAUAAUGUUGUCCGAAGCUCAAGAAGUUCAUAAUCCCAAAGAUCUGGCAGAGAUGAUCGCUAAAGUUUUGAGAUUGGGACUCGAAGGAUUAGUUUUGAAAGAUAUUAAGAGUAAAUAUGAGCCUGGUAAAAGACAUUGGUUGAAGGUAAAGAAGGAUUACUUAUUCGGUGGUGCAAUGGCUGAUAGUGCAGAUCUCGUUGUUCUCGGUGCUUGGUAUGGUACCGGCCAAAAAGGAGGAAUGAUGUCUAUAUUUCUUAUGGGUUGUUAUGACACUGAUAACGAUAAAUGGUUAACAGUAACAAAAGUACAUUCAGGUCACGAUGAUGUAAUGUUAGAAGCUCUUCAAAAACAACUUGAUAUGGUUAAAAUAGGUAAAGAUCCAAGCAAAGUUCCAAAAUGGUUACGAGCAAAUAAACCAAUGAUUCCAGACUUUGUUGCAAAAGAUCCAAAGAAACAACCAGUAUGGGAAAUCACUGGAGCAGAAUUUACAAAUCAAGGAGUACAUACGGCAGAUGGAAUUAGUAUUAGAUUUCCACGAGUAACGCGAAUUCGCGAUGAUAAGGAUUGGUCUACUGCUACGAAUUUAAAUGAACUUCGUGAUUUAUUUAAAAGAAGUUCGGAAUCCUUAGAUUUUAGUAAUUUAUUGGGAACCAAUAAUAAUAGCGAGAAAAAAAAUACCGAUGUUGUUGCUUCUACUAGUUCUAUGCAAAUCAAUCAAACUGCAAUCUCUACCGAAGCUGCUGUUAAAAAAAAUAUUUCUCCGAAACAAAUUAAAAUCGAAGAAACAAGUUUUGACAACGACGAAAAUAUCCAAGAGGAAGUUAAAAAAGUAGGACCUAAAAUUCGAGUUAAAAAAGAAUUUCAUAUUAGUGAACCAAGUACGGAUACAAAAAAGACAGAUAUAAAGAAAAAUAUUGAAAAGUACAAAGAGAAUGUUAAGGAGAAAAAGGAGCCAGAUCUUUUCGAUGUCAAUUAUGAUCCUGAUAUAAUAAUAAAAGAAGAAGUUCGUUUAGAUGAAAAUUUAAAAAAUGAAGAAUCCAAAGUAGAGAGUGAAAUUGAUUUUCAAGAAGAUUCAUCUGCUAAAUAUUACUCUUUCGUUGGAAAUGACUACAUCGAAUACAACAAAAGAGGAAGCCCUUUAAAUUGGAUCAAGGAUCGAAAGCCGGGAAAAGGAUUACCACUUGACGCUCAACCCUUAUCUGACAAUAUGGAGGAUGUACUUAGAUCAAAAGGCAUUUUCGGGGAAGUUCGUGUCAGCUUGGCGCGAGAUAUAAAAAAGAAAAGACGAAAACGUCUUUGGCGAGAAUUGAAAACACUGGGAGCAGUUAUUUUGAAAGAUUCGGAUCGAUGCAUGUCUACUCAUGUGAUUCACGAUCGUAAAGAAAUUCCAUCGACAGUUCUGAGGGAUUUUCAAGACGUUCCGAAAAGUGCAAGACACGUAAACUCGUCCUGGUUGGAAGAAUCAGCUGCGUCAUCGGAAAUGAAGGAUAUUUAUUCGUACGCGGUAACACUAGUUGCGGAUUAUUGUAAUUGUUCUUGCACCUGUUCCCAUCGAUGAUGAACGAGCUUCAAUCGGAAAUAUAAUUUUUUAUUAUUUUCUCUUUUUACCGAUUAAUCAAACUUCCAUACAUUUUAUAGAUAUUUUAUUAUUGAAAGUAAAUAUUUUUAUUCGUAAUAAAAAAACAAAAACGAGUAGAAAUAAUAUGAUAGAUAAUGUUUAAAUUUUUAAUUGAUCGGUCGUUACUUCGAAUAUUAUGAAAUUUACGCAUCUUAUUUUAUAAACAAAUAAUCAUUUUUAUUUAUUUAAUGUAAGUUGAAAUAAAAAUAAUGCUAGGUGAUGCCAUAAAAGUUAAAAUCCAAUUUAGAAGCCAUGUGUGAAACUGAAUGUCCUGAACGGAAAAUUUUAUAUCGCGAAAUUUUAAUUAAGACACACCAAAGGUAACUAUACACUUGUACGGUUUAAAGGAUGAAAUGAAUUAGCCAAAGUUAAUGAAACUUUUUGCGAAACUGUCGCGUAUCAAGACAA